UUUUGGUCUCAAUUGAUCCCAACCGACACCCGAGUGGACACGUGUUUCGCACCAAACGAUGGCCGAAGACUACGAACUCCUCUUCUUCGACACCUUCUCGCAGACCGACGGACACGAAGGACCAAAUCUGGGUUUAGUUCAGUUCCCGAAUCCGAUUAUAAUCAAAGAGAUUCGUGUCAUACCAUUGGGCGCCAGAGUUGAGGCCGAUUUUCCCGGCGGUCUUCGCCUGGGAGCGACCAAUCCGUCAUCGUUUGAGUUGGAGUUCUUCAUCAAUGAUCUGACGAAAGGAAACGCCUGUACUUUCUUAGACAUCGGAUGUUUGGAUUACAAGCAAAACGUUAGCAUAAAGUUUGUGCCCAAAGAGCUGAUACCGACCGAUGGACUCAUUCUUCGAGGAAUGUACAGCACUCUAACCCUUUCGGUGUUCGGAUGUAUUGCCGACAUCUCUCGCAUCAUAGAGGAGGACACGACACAGACAUCGGAUGUCGUCGCCGACCAUAUCAUCAAAGAGGAGACCACUUUUGUCAACGAAUUACAUGCCAUUUGCCCUCCAAUUAGUGAUAAGAUUUGCGACCGAAUCGAUGAACUAAAUGUGAACCAAAUUAUUAAGACUUUUGUCGAAACGGCUGACGACUCCUAUAAGACUAGACGAUCGCCUCCUCCUGUUGUCCACAAACACGACCGACGAGAGAGUCGGGCCUCUUCUCAGUGCAGUGACAACAAUGAUCGCCGAAAGCGAGACAAACCCAUUGAGACUAUUACUCAAAGAAGUAGUAAUCGGCGGUCCAGAGAGAAGCCAUACCAAAGCAGAACUCCUUAUGUGUCCAAACAUAGGAGUCGUAGUGGAAGCAAAUCCAAGAGUAGGAGCACAACACCCAACUCAUUGAAGCGACGUUACGGUCGUCCGACCACUUCCGCGCCAUUUGACAAAUCGCCCAAACGGUCGCCAAAACGGCAGUACAGAUCUCCUCCGCGAAGACAUCGAUCGCCAUCGGGUUCAUCGCAUUCACCGCUACACUCAAUCAAAACCAUAUCAAACUCAUCGCUAUCUCCGCCAUCGCGUCCGCUCUCCCGCUCCCGACACCGAUCUCUUACCAAAUCUCCACUUUUGACGCCUCACCACAUGUUUGAAUCCAAUGAUAUUAAACGCAUUGCAACAGAAGUGCAAUCAGUGGACGACUGUGUGAAUUAUGAAGACUUUGAACCGCUUUCACCCGAAGACAUACUUUCAGAAAUUGCCGAAAAGAUAUCAGACGACGAAAACUUGGAUCAAAUCAUCGGAGAAGACGCUCACUCUGACAGUCACUCUAAGGACGACUUGGAAGAGAUUAGCAGCGAAGAGGAAUACGAAGACUUUCCAUCGAUCGCUGAAAACGACUUAAUGAUGGAUUACUCGGAAUACGAUCUCAACCCAUACGCAGACUUCGGCACUUUUAAUCCAUUCCAGUGUGAGUUCACAUCAUUGCAGGCACUAAGAGAUCCGUCGCUUUCGGCCUUUGAAUUGUCUCUAAUCGGAGAGACAUAUGAUUCGGGAAAUGAGCAAAAAAUCAUUGAACUAACGAAUGGUGUCGAAGAUAUACGAAACGACAAAUGGGUCGAAGCCAUGGAACAGAUAUCAAUUGAAGUCAAUAAGAGAUCCAUUAAAGACGAAUCGCUUAUAAAGACAUUGAUUGAGUUCGUUGUCGACGGCAUUGAUUUCGAUUUAGCGAUGAAACAAAUGAUUACCGCUUAUAAAGUGCGGCACUUGAAGGCCGGCAUUAAAUUAUUGACAGCACUCUCGCAAACCUCGGAGGAUAUACUUAAGAAAAUUCUUGAUCUCAACAUUACUCACACAUUGCUUCAACUGUAUAACAGGCCAUACAUGACAAUACCGGUGCGAUUGUUGAUCAUUCGGGGCAUUGAUGUCAUCUGCGACUGGUCUUCAGGUGUCGAGCAUAUGAUUGAUCAUAAAUACGCCGAAAGUGAUCCUUCGGGACAAACGUGUUAUCAAUUAUUGCUCGACUUAUUGUUGGAGAAGCCGUCGACACGAAUAGUGGUGUCGUUGACAUCGCUGUUAAGAAAGAUUCAUUUGUAUGAAGUCUUGAGAUUUUUAUCCAAAGCGAGUGAUGAGUCAAAUACGGAAUCUUCUAACGAGGACUCAAUUGCCAUCUGUUUGAAUGAGAUAUCAACCACUUAUAAGAACUCAACCAAUUUGUUGAGUCAACCGUUUCGGUCGCUGCCGGCGACCAAACAAUUUGAAGUGAAGACAUCGCCUUUUGAUUCCCAUAAAGCAGUUUAUAAAUACUUCAAACGAAACAAUAUUAUUGAUUGUUUAACAAAUAUUCUGAUGGGAAAGACUUUGUGUACUCCCGAAGCCUUUGACAGCGCUUUGGAUUUAUUGAACUCAAUGUCGAACGCGAGCCAUGGCUUAAGGUUUCUUCUAAGCAGUGAUACAAUCAAUUCAACCAAUAAUUUAUGUAAAGUUUUGACACAACAAUGCGAUGAAUCGGAAACUCCGCUCCAAAACAUUGGACUCAAACUCAUACACAGACUACAAGUUUUGCAAUUAAUUGAUUUGAUUUUUGCGUUUCAUUCAACACAAGAGAGAUCAAAGUGUUUGUCCAUUAAAGAGAACUUCGAUGAUCCCGAUCUCGUCACCACUCUUCACAAUCUCUAUACAAUGCUGUUCACUGGUAUCGGCAAAGACGCUGUCGUUCAUGUGUUGUCCUCUGAGAACAAUUUCGACGCAAUCAUACCAUUCAUCUCUUUGGCCAACGAUAAGAUAAAAGAGCCGCUGAUGUCUAAAUUGGUUUCGUGUGGAUGUGCUCUCGAACUCUCUUUAGUUACUCUACAACUCAUUGACGUUAAUCUCAUGAGUUUUCUGGACUCUUACGGACAGAUAUUGUUGAAGAUUUGUGAGAACGAGUCGAUCCCUAAACUACAGGCCAUAUCAAACUGGUUGACUCCCAUCAGAAACCUCUCAUACAAUCUCUAUAAUGAAAAUACAUUUAAAACUCUAAUGUCUUUCGUUACAAAGCAUUACGAGUCGGUCCGCGAAUCGGCUGACAAUUCGUUGUUUACAAUAAGUCCAGAACUGAUCACUUCAUUAAGAAUCCUUCAAUCUCUAUGUCUACCGUCUGAGUCGGCCUCAGAAAUGGAUAUUCAACUGAAGCACAGGUACGCAAUCAUUCAGAUAUUAUCAUUGGAUGGUUUGUCGCAAAUCCUGUUUCUUCUCAACAAAUUGAGUGAAACCUAUUUAAAGCCUUCGCAUCAAAGUUUCGCUCUCAUUGGAAACCAGGGCUCUCUUGUCGUCAAUUUUGUGAAGCCAUCGGUUCUCAUAAUUAAAUCUAUUGUAACAUAUUUGGUGUCCGCUCGAGGAAUAGACUUCACAGACAUCUCUCCGAUUCCCGUAUUGAUGAGAAUAUAUUCAGUGCUGGCAUUAGUGCCGACAUCAGCGCCAACACAACUACUGAUGGCAUCGAUUGCUCAACAAAUUCAGUACGAAAUCAGUGAAAUACUUCUCAUUUACACCGAACUGUAUAUCAGUGGCAGUGAAUCGGACGAAGCCAUUGGUAAAAGCGUUUGGACUAAAAUGGCUAAACACGUGAUCGAUUACACCCUCUCAUCGCCGCUGGCUUUUGUUCACGGGCUCACACUCUUGUCGGAUGUGUUGCCCCAACCAUUACCACUGCUGGUAAAGCAACCGAUGCUCAGUCACGAAGUGCUCAAAACGGUUAACUUCAGAAAGUUAUGGUCACUACACCUGCAUGUGCUCAACGAUCGCAUCGAGACAUUGGUCUCCAAUUUCAUAACAAGUAAUUCACAACCGAUUCAAAUGUUGUUGAAAAGAGUUUGCAUCCAAUUGUGCGAUCUGUCGGUCCCAACGGUGACCACUGUUACCAAAUCUAUUUUCGACGAAUUGCUCUCAAGUCUCGAAACGUAUCACUUCUCGACUAAUGAUUCCCGAAAUGUUGCCAUUUGUCCGACGGUUCGCAUUUUGAAUGUCAUACAAGACUUGUCGACAAACAUUCCCUUCAGAAUUGGCUUUUUGUCUCAUUUAAAGAAUUGUAGCCAAAAACCCGAUAAAAGUGCUCCCAUUUUAACAAGACUUCAAUCUGUUAUGAAUAAAUCGGUUCAAAUCAAUUCAAACGAGUUCUUAACAUUUAUACUUCAGUCCAAUCCAGACACUGAUGUCGUGACAACUGAGACCAAUAAUGCGGACACAACUGAUAAAACUGAAAAUAAUAAAACCGAAAUCAAUUCAAAUGAGAACAAUGUGUUAAAUACAGAAUCGUUAAGCGAUUACUUCGCCAGCCGUUCGGUGUUUGUCUUAGAAGACGAGCCGUUAGUUCCCGAAUGGCUUUUCAAUACCACAGAACCGAUGAAUGAGUCGCAGAGCAAAGAGAACGACGUUUCCGAGAAAUGUCUGCCGAUGCCAUACAUCAGAAAUAUGCCCAAAGAUCCCAUGAUUAUGAGUAAACGAAUACAAGCGCCGCGGGGUAGGGGUGGGCGACAGUUCACACGACUCAACGACCCGUUCCGGUCGCGGCCGCCCAACACAUCGCGCCCGCCGUCUAUGCACGUCGACGACUUCAUAGCGCAGGAGCGCAACGAUUCCGGCCCUAAACGCAACAACAAAGACUUCGGCCGUCAGAACCGCGGUAUGAAUCCGCCGCUGCGCUCGUUUGGCCCAAACCAGCGCUCGUCCAACGCCAACAACUAUCGGCCGCAACCUUCGGGCGCUCGUAAUGCCACCGAUCGGUACAAUUCGCGCGAUUUGUACGGCAUGUCCUCAAAUCGGGUCAAUAAAUCGGACGCAAAUCUACCGCUUCGGUGGACAAAGAUUAGUGGAAAUCGGUAUGACUUUCGAUAUCCACAGUAUUCCCGAUCGUUUGCCCGAUAA